AUGGGUCGAGUUUUUUUGGAACAUAUGGGUGGAAAUCGUCUAUUCUCUUGCGCUAAUUGUGGCACGAAUUUAACAAAUCGUUCAGAAUUAAUAAGCACAAGAUUUACUGGGGCUACAGGUAGAGCUUUCCUAUUCAAUAGGGUUGUCAAUUUGACAUAUAGUGAAGUCCAAGAUAGAGUUAUGUUGACAGGGCGUCAUAUGGUAAGAGAUGUGUCUUGUAAAUCCUGUGACACAAAGUUAGGAUGGAUGUAUGAAUUCGCUACAGAAGAUAAUCAAAAAUAUAAAGAAGGUAGAGUUAUUCUAGAACGAGCCCUUGUUACAGAAAGUGAUGGUAUGGAAGAUAGAAUCUACAAUGAAAGAAGACGAGCUCGUGAAGUUCGAAAUUAA